GAUCUUAAAAGGACAUUUAAUCAUUUAUUUAUGGCAGAUCAGCUAACCGACAAACGAGGAGGUCGGCAAUUGUCGGCCGGCGAACCAGCUGAGCACAAACGAAGAAAUCCAAACUCCAAAUUUCAAAAAAUCCUUUUUUUUUUUUGUUUUUAAAAAUUCUUCUAAUUAAACAAUUUAAACAUUAUUCCUUCCCCCCUCUCAAAAUUAUUCACUCUACUUCACAUCUCACAGUUCCCUUUUUUCCUUUUAGUUUCAAUUUUAAUUCCUCUUAAACUUAAAAAAUAUAUAUUUCUCCAUUAUUAUUUCUUCCCAUUUACCCUAUUUUCAAUACCCAAACUCCCAUUUUUCCCUUUCCCUCAUUCCUUUCUCUUUACUCUGAGUAAUUCGCUACUUGGGGCGACGAAUUUUCGAAUCCAAAAACCUAACUGAACAAUAAGAUGUGGAGCAUCGGAACCCCUUAUUCCCUGUUUGGCUCUUCUUUUUUACUCUAAAUGUUCUUUUAUAUGAAGCCUCAUUGGCUAUCUCCAUUUUUCCGGUAUGUUCAUUUUUCCCAGCCCAAAUUCGGAUUCAAUCUCAUAUUAAUCUUUCUUCACAAUAAAAUUAAAGUUAUUUUCAUAUCCGAUUCCUUUUAGCGGUACCUGACUUUUAAAUGGAUUUUUUUUUUCUUUUGUAAUUACAUUUUGGUGUGUUGCUAUUUUUCGCAUCUCCGUAAGAAAAUUCGUAUCUUUUCUUUUUUCCUGUUAUAAAUUAUUGUACUUUGCUUCGUCUUUUUAUUUACUAUGUUUGUGGGUUUUCUGGAUUUUGCAUUUUUUUGGAAUAUCGAUUAAAGCUGAUGGCGAUUCUUGUGUCUUGUCUCGUUUUAAAAUCUCUGGGUUUUUCAUAAGUUGAUAUAGAUUUGCAUUUUAGUGGUUUCUUGCAUUGAAUGCAAGAUUAUGGAUAUUUCUGAGGUUGAAGAGAACCUAUUUGUGGCCAGUGAUGCCAAGUUACAUGGCGAAAUGUGCAAGAUACUAUCUGCAAUUUAUUGCAAAGUCUUAUCCAUAUUCCCUUCCUUGGAAGCGGCACGGCCUAGGAGCAAAUCUGGCAUUCAGGCCUUAUGUUCAUUGCAUAUAGCACUAGAGAAGGCAAAGAAUGUCCUUCAACAUUGUUCAACAUGUAGUAAACUUUACUUGGCUAUUACUGGAGAUUCUGUUCUUUUAAAAUUUGAGAAGGCAAAAUGUGCUCUUAUUGAUAGUCUUAGGCGUGUAGAAGAUAUAGUUCCACAGUCCAUUGGAUGUCAGAUUUUGGAGAUUGUAAGUGAACUUGAGGGGACUGUUUUCUCUCUCGAUCUGUUAGAGAAGCAAGUUGGUGACGAAAUGAUCACAUUACUCCAGCACGGGAGAAAAUUUGAUGACUGUAAUGACAAUAAUGAGCUAGAGUCUUUUCACCAGGCUGCAACUAGACUUGGUAUAACUUCUUCUAGAGCAGCCCUAACUGAAAGAAGGGCUCUUAAGAAGCUGAUAGAGAGAGCUCGUGCAGAGGAAGAUAAGAGGAAGGAAUCUAUUGUGGCUUAUCUUUUGCACCUCAUGAGAAAAUACUCCAAGUUGUUUCGGAGUGAGGUUUCAGAUGAUAAUGAUUCACAGGGUUCAACACCUUGUUCCCCCACUGUUCUAGGUUCUCUCGAGGAUGGAGGGGGUGGUGGUAAUGGCCAGGCAUUUGAGCGGCAGCUAUCGAAGCUUAGCUCGUUCAAUUUCAAGCCAAAUAUUAGGAGAUCUGGGCAGAUACCCAUACCACCUGAAGAAUUACGAUGUCCAAUAUCUUUGCAGCUUAUGUAUGAUCCAGUCAUAAUUGCCUCUGGACAGACAUAUGAAAGGAUCUGUAUUGAGAAAUGGCUUGGUGAUGGGCAUGACACCUGCCCGAAGACUCAACAGAGGCUUCCACAUCUCUCUUUAACUCCCAAUUAUUGUGUUAAGGGUCUCAUUGCUAGUUGGUGUGAACAAAAUGGAGUUCCUAAUCCUGAUGGCCCCCCAGAGUCUCUUGAUCUUAACUAUUGGAGACUGGCAUUGUCGGAGUCAGAGACUGCAAAUACAAGAUCAGUGGAUAGUGUUGGCUUUUGCAACUUAAAAGGGGUUAAGGUCGGUCCCCUGGAGGAGAGUGGUACCAUUGAAGAAAUAGAAGGAAAAGAAGCUGAGAAUGAGCAUCCAUGCGUGCAGGAAGAGGUUUCUGAGCUUAAUGUACUAGAAAGAUAUCAGGAUUUGCUAUCUGUUCUAAAUGAAGAAGAGAACUUGAGGAAAAGGUGCAAAGUUGUGGAACAAAUCAGGCUUUUGCUGAAAGACGAUGAGGAGGCCAGGAUUUUUAUGGGGGCUAAUGGCUUUGUUGAAGGAUUAUUGCAAUUUCUAGAUUCAGCUGUGCGUGAAGGGAAUGCUAUGGCUCAGGAAAUUGGGGCAAUGGCUCUCUUUAACCUUGCAGUCAACAAUAACAGGAACAAGGAAUUGAUGCUAGCAGCUGGAGUGAUUUUAUUGUUAGAGGAUAUGGUUUCAAACUCCAAUGCCCAUGAAUCAGCCACUGCUCUAUAUCUUAAUCUCUCUUGCCUUGAGCAAGCCAAGUCUAUCAUAGGCUCAAGUAUGGCUGUCCCAUUUUUAGUCCAGCUACUUGGAAGUGAAACUGAUCCACAGUGCAAGCUUGAUGCCCUUCACACUCUUUAUAACCUCUCUACUGUGCACUCUAAUAUCCCCAGCCUUCUUUCUGCUGGCAUAGUUAAUGGCCUACAGCCACUUGUGAUCUCAGGAGACAAUGCCUGGACAGAGAAAUCUAUUGCAGUUUUACUAAACUUAGCUGCAAGUCAAGCAGGAAUAUCUGAGAUGGUUUCAGCCUGUGGUCUCAUUAGCGAUCUGGCAUCUGUUUUGGAUACUGGAGAAUUGAUUGAGCAAGAGCAAGCUGUUUCAUGCCUUCUACUUCUUUGUAACGGAAGCGAGGAAUGCUGUCAAAUGGUCCUACAGGAAGGUGUGAUUCCGGCAUUGGUAUCGAUUUCAGUAAACGGGACGACAAGAGGGAGGGAGAAGUCGCAAAAACUUCUGAUGCUCUUUCGUGAGCAACGGCAACGAGAUCAUCCACCAGCAGAUGCAAACCUGAGUAUAGAAACCAUUCAAGAUCCAAUGCCUGCAGCAACCACGGCUCAAGAAUCCAACCCACCAUGUAAGUCAGUAUCGAGAAAAAAAAUGGGGAGAGCCUUGAGCUUUCUAUGGAAGAGCAAGAGCUACUCUGUUUACCAGUGUUAAAAGCUUGACAACUAUUGUAAAUUUCCCGUUGUAUCUUCUUUUCUAGUUCUCUCGUCCUAUUCCAAUGGACGGUACUUUCCCUUUCCUUUUUGGUUUUCUUUCCUUUAUUUUUGGGGGUUAUGAUAGAGAAGCAGAAAUGUACAGGCCCUUUGUAAUCUAUGGAUUUUUGGCUUUUUUUUUUCUUUGUAGUUUUUAAUAGUACAUGUACUUCAUGUAUGUAAUAAUUAAGGGUUAGAUUCAUCUUCAGAACA